UGGGUCGGAUGGGAACCUCUGGCCACCUCCUGGUACCACUCAGCCUUUGAAGUUGGGGGCUGGGAUGUGAACUUGAGGCUCUAAAGGAGGAAGUGUCUGGUCCAGACUCCUGGGUCUGAGAAGGAGGAGCCUGGAAACUUAGAAUCCUGGGUCUGAGAGAGGAGAGGACCAAUCCCAGACUCCAGGAUCUUAAGAGAGGAUGGAUGGGGGCGCUGGGGGAUGUGGCUUCUGAGGCUCCAGACGACAAAAGGCUAAUCCUUGAAUCCUGGGUUUUGGAACGUGAGCUGGCCUAGGUACCCAGACAUGACUUCUGGGUCCCUCUGAUACUAUGCAGAGCCUGCAGCAGGAGGGCUGAGAGAGUGAUCAUUGCAGAGACUUCCUAUGUUCAGAUGGUCUCCAAGGCAGGCCUUAACGCUCAGAAAGGAGCCAGAGGAUGCUAACAGGGUGGCUUUCUUCCUUUGCAGGUACUGGCGCAGGCCCUGACUCCCUGAAGAGAGAUGAAGAAACCGAGAUUCAGAGGGGUUCAGACACUUGCCCGAGGUCACACAGCUAGUCCCACUGCCCACUCCUGCCUUCCCCCUGCGCCAUGGCUCCGGGCCCUUUUGCCUCGGCGCUUGUCUCGCUGCCUCCUGCUGCCCUGCCCUUCCUGCUGCUGCUCUGGGCCGGGGCAUCUCGCGGCCAGCCGUGUCCCGGCCGCUGCAUCUGCCAGAACGUGGCGCCCACGCUGACCAUGCUGUGCGCCAAGACCGGCUUGCUCUUCGUGCCGCCUGCCAUAGACAGGCGCGUGGUGGAGCUGCGGCUCACCGACAACUUCAUCGCGGCCGUGCGCCGCCGCGACUUUGCCAACAUGACCAGCCUGGUGCAUCUCACACUCUCCCGGAACACCAUUGGCCAGGUGGCACCUGGCGCCUUCGCAGACCUCCGUGCCCUCCGCGCCCUGCACCUGGACAGCAACCGCCUGGCUGAGGUGCGCGGUGACCAGCUCCGCGGCCUGGGCAACCUCCGCCACCUGAUCCUCGGCAACAACCAGAUUCGCAAGGUGGAGCCUGCUGCCUUUGAUGCCUUCCUGUCCACCGUGGAGGACCUGGAUCUGUCCUACAACAACCUGGAGGCCCUGCCGUGGGAGGCGGUGGGCCAGAUGGUGAACCUCAACACGCUCACACUGGACCACAAUCUCAUCGACCACAUUGCCGAGGGGACCUUCGUGCAGCUGCACAAGCUGGUGCGCCUGGACAUGACCUCCAACCGCCUGCACAAACUCCCACCUGAUGGGCUCUUCCUGAGGUCCCAGGGCGGCGGACCCAAGCCGCCCACGCCACUGACCGUCAGCUUCGGUGGAAACCCGCUGCACUGCAACUGCGAGCUGCUGUGGCUGCGGCGGCUGACCCGGGAGGACGACCUGGAGACCUGCGCCACCCCGGAGCACCUCACUGACCGCUAUUUCUGGUCCAUCCCCGAGGAGGAGUUCCUGUGUGAACCCCCGCUGAUCACGCGGCAGGCGGGAGGCCGGGCCCUGGUGGUAGAGGGCCAAGCGGUCAGCUUGCGCUGCCGGGCGGUGGGGGACCCUGAGCCCGUGGUGCAUUGGGUGGCACCUGAUGGGCGGCUGCUGGGAAACUCCAGCCGGACCCGUGUCCGGGGAGAUGGGACGCUGGAUGUGACCAUUACCACCUUGCGGGACAGUGGCACUUUCACUUGCAUUGCCUCCAAUGCGGCGGGGGAAGCCACGGCGCCCGUGGAGGUGUGCGUGGUACCUUUGCCAUUGAUGGCGCCCCCGCCAGCUGCCCCGCCACCUCUCACUGAGCCCGGCUCCUCUGACAUCGCCACACCGGGCAGACCUGGUGCCAAUGAGUCUACUGCUGAGCGCAGGCUGGUAGCAGCGGAGCUCACCUCCAGCUCAGUGCUUAUCCGCUGGCCCGCCCAGAGGCCCGUGCCUGGCAUCCGCAUGUACCAGGUCCAGUAUAACAGCUCUGCGGAUGACUCCCUCGUCUACAGGUGCGUGUGGGGGCUGCACCCCAGGACCUCCUCCCAAUCCAGGGCCCUCCCUCCCGCCUGCCUGAGGUCUUGGCCUUCUUGCUCAGCUGGUGCUGGAUGGUCUUGCCGACUUAUCCCAGGCCCUCCUUGGCCCUUCCUCUUCUCUUCUCUAUUUUCUGUCUCACUGUCUGUAGUUUCCCUGCACUUAGCAAAUGUUUAUUGAGCACCGACAUGAGCAGACCAGGGUUGAGCCCUGGAGUUAUAGCAGUGAAGCAGCACAGCAUGAUUGGCUGUUUAGAGAGUGAUCUGAGGAGUGUCAUGGUCUGCAUGCUGGCCACAAGGGUCUGAUCACGGGCCUCUUCUGUUAAGCAUUGGCUGCACAGCACACACAUAUAUUUACAGUUAUAUUUCUAUUUUCAAACUAUAUACUAGUGCUAUUAUACCAGCACAUUGGGUACAUUAGAAGACCAGAAAACAGAAAAUUAUGAGAAAAAUGUAAGUUAUUUCUACCCUCUGUUGCAUUAGAAGCCAUCGCCCUGAUGGGACAUUUCUCCUUCUUGCCCCUGUUGGGCACUGAGCCCCUCCUCUGUGCUAGGUCCUGAGCUGAGUGCUGGGUGCCCAGGGAGCGCAGGACGCUGAGUCCCUCCCCUCAGGGAGCUCACAGCUCAGUGGGAGGAGGCCCACGGAAGGAACAGAACCACUGCCGCGGCCCUGGAUGUCCCCAUCUCGGGGGUUUCCAAUAACACUCUUGGCCACGGAGCUGGUACACAGUGAGCAUGCUUUACAAAGGGCUGUUGGCUGAUGGAUCUGUCCUUGUCUCCGCCUCCCUCAGGCACACUGAAGAGCACCUGCUGAAUGCCCGGGCUUGUGUUCGAAUUCACAGGGGGAGGUCGGAGGCAUUUCUCCACCCAUGGGAGCCCUAGCUUGUGGGUGCAGACCUUCACAAAAGCCUGCCUCUUGGCCUCCGUCUCCACUUUUCCCAGUGUUCUCGUGGCUGCAGGCCUGGAGGCAUCUUUCCUUUGUUGGUUGAGUGAAUAAAUGCCCCUCUCU